UUAUCGUCACAGCAGCAUAGAUAAGACAUUUCACAUGAAUUAUAGGUAAAUACAAUACCAUUUAAGAUUGAAGAUAUCAAUUUAUGGCCCCACGCAAAGUUAUGUGAUGAGGCCCUCUGAGCGAUCUUCAAAAUGUAAAAAAAAUCACUCUAGCUUUCAAUCUGUAAUCAUCCCCAGGGCCCCAAAUCUCCCUUUCCCCACCCACAUCAACCAGCUCUGAUUUUGGGACUUGAAGGCGCUUCCAGGCCAGCGAAGAGAUAUAAUCCCUCCAACUGGUCCUAGAUGUCGGAAAUCUCAGAGGAAAAGUGGAAGAGAGAUCUGACCAGCAUCCUGGAGGAUCUGUCUUCAGCACAGUACAUAAAAAUGAAGGAAUGUUUGAGGGGUUUCCCUCGGGUUCUGAAGGACGGCCAGUCCAGAGAAGAGAUGCCUGGACAGAUCAUUGAGUUCUACGGGAAAGAAAAGUCUAUCCUCGAGAUUGAGAGAGUGAUGGAACAGAUACCUAAGAGAAAUGAUUUGGUUCAGAGUCUGCUGAAACCCUACGUUCAGAAAGUGAGGAGCAAACCGGAGAAACAGCAGCAUGAGAUGAAGAGGAGACGUGAGAAGGAGCCGGAGGAAGGAACCAGUCCUGCAGCAGAUCAGCUGGAGAGAAGCCAACCUGUCAAGGUAAGAGUUGGAGAGGAAGAGAAACUGAAGACUCGUGACUCUCAGGAUAGAAAAUCUCCAUGGAGGAAAUCCAUCUUUGAUCUAAAAUCCAGUGGAAUUCUUGAGACGGAAGCCAUUGUUGGGAAAGUUGUUAAAAAAUCUGAGCUGCUCACAUCCAAGAUAAAGACGUUUUUUUUCUUUCUGGGCGUCGCUGACGAGGCGGCCAGCGUCAAACUGAUGGUGUACGGAGAAGAUCACCAUCGACAAAUCAAAGAGGGGCGCUCCUACAUCUUCAGCAAUCUAAUAAAAGAUGGAAUAUAUGUGAAGGUUAACGCAUCGAGCAGCGUGUCAGUAACAAAACCUGUCAUCGUCCCGGAGGAGUUCGAGAGAGAAGCUGAGAGACUGCUUUCUCCUGAGAGUCCACUGACCUCCAUUAAAUACAUCAAAUCAUCUCGUCCCCAGACACACGUGAGCGUCAAAGGAACCGUCACCGAGAUCUAUCCCGUCAAAAAAGUGAAGGUGCAACACAAGGAGAAGAAGACGAAUCAGCAAAAGUUCAAACUGAGUCAGGAAGAUGAGGAAAUCACCAUCACCAUGUGGGACGAGGCCACCGAGCAGAGCAAAGACCUUUCAGUCGGAGACGUCCUUCUUCUUAACAACAUGAAGCCCAAUGAGUACUGUGGGAAAGUGUCUCUCAACUCAACUACAUUCACCAAAAUCACCAAGGUUCAAAGUGUCGGCAUCCGGAAAGUGACUCAAGAUUAUAGGGAUCAAGAAAGCCACGUUGAAGGAGACUGGAGGUGGAUUUAGACACGAAGCUGCACACGCUCGUCGUGGCGUCUCAACUUCUGGCGAAAACGCUCGACUUCCAGCUGAAGAAAGGCUUUGGUGAUGAUCUCCUUGAAAGAAUACCGCUCUCAGUGGAGGCUGAAAUACAAGGAAACAGAAUCAUCAAAAUGACAGUCCCUGAGAACAUCUGAAGGGGAGUUCUGCAGCAUUCAUGUGUUACGUGCCGUGGUGUGUGUGUGUGUUUGUGUGUGUGUGUGUGUGUGUGUGUGUCUCUCUCCCCCUCUCCCCCUGAUUGUCUCCA